GAUAGGAUAGGGUAUUAGCAGCAGGUGUAGUCUAGUCACUCAGACUAAUUUUGAAUUCUUCUUGCUGUAGUCAGCUCAAACUGCUUGCACCUAGUGGAAAACAACAAAGAUUAUUAUUUUUGUCCUUUGGCUGAUGAGAAAUCACAUUUUUGAUAUACAUUCAAUCUAAAACUGAAGAAUGCCCCAAGGAAAGAGGGUAGCUUCUCUGUUCCACUUGUGCAUCAACUAUAUCUCUGUUAACAUGGAUAAAUGGAGCCUGGUCAACACUCCUAAUGAUACAAACAUCAAUUCUGAUCUGUCUGGUGGGCUCUUCAAUCAACUGUCUGCGGGGAUUUUGCAUGCACUCAUGUGUACUGUAAUCAACAGAAAGGAAAGGAGUGUGCAUCAUCAUUUUGAAAUGUUAGUAACUCAACAAUUAAAAGAGUUGCAUCCUAGUUGUUGGGGCUUGAACAAAACUGAAAUGGCUCAUCUUAUACAUCUUGCUUCGAUCAGAUGCUCUGAACUACAAUGCAUUUGCUUUCAUUCAAAUUCUGACAACUUUGAAGACUAUCUUCAUUUACUUCCCAAAUUUGAGAAACUAACUACUUUGAACUUUUGCCAAUCUCAAGUUGGAGACCCAUUCUUAAAAGCUGUAGGAACUUGCUGUCCCAAUUUGAGGGCAUUGGAUGUUUCGGGGUGCAUUUCAGUAACCGAUGUCGGAAUUGAAAGCUUGUGUGUCAGCUAUGACGACGAGGGAAGAGAAAGAGCUCGCCCACCUUGUGAGUUCCUUCAAAAAUUAUUCUUUCACAAAAGCGGUGUUACCAAGCAAGGAAUUCAAAUGGCUCUGAAGAAGUUACCGGCUCUCAAGAUUUGCAGUGGCGCCACAGCCCAACUUAUAUCUGAAAUUCGUCAAACGGAUGCGCCGGACAAAACGUACGCCCUGAUCGCAUUAUCUGUCACCCCCGACUCUACGCUCUACAAAAAUGGAAACCUCGCAGAAGCCUUGUCCAUCAGUCCUUUCAUUACCAAGGUGGAAAUCUUCGUGAAGGUGGCAAUUGAUCCAAACUUGCGACAACUGUACGAUUCAACUGCUGGAUUUACUGACGUGGAAUUGCUGAGCUUAACCGCUCUCAAAAAUCUGUCCAUCCUCAUCAUCGCCGCUCAAACCCACCGUCUCGGAACGGCACCAAUCUCAUUUGGCGGUGGCGUGGAACCCGUUCUGAAAGUAAUUGGCAAGUCGAUCCAAACUCUCGGUCUUUGUGGAAUCAGUGGCGUAAAUGUUGAACUCAUUGCCAAGCACUGCGACAGUUUACGCUCCUUGAACCUUCGAUGGGAGCGCAUACGAAGGGCCCAUUCCAACGCGCCAGAAGAAACACACGGAGCACGCAAACGACUGCAAAUGCAAAAUCGAAUCAUAUUUCGGGAAUUGGAAAAAUUGCAUUUGUCAGGACCCGUUCCUUCUGAAUAUUUGCGUUUUCUACUGUCUUCACCUUCACUCGAGGUUGUUCACAUUUCUGAUUGUUCCACGGUUACAGAUGAUCUCCUGGAAAAGGUUACCGAAUGUCAUGAUUUUGUGCAUUUAAAGUAUUUGGUACUAACGAAGUGCAUUAAGGUGUCUGGACUUGGAGUUGAAUAUUUUAUGCAAGACAGCAAUCCCAUUUUUCACCUGGACUUGAAGGGUUGCUCAGUGUCUUCGAAUGAUAUCGAUAUUUUGAAACAGAAAGCCAUUGAUAAACAUUGGCAGCUGAGAGUCGUUUCUGAUUCUGACGUAAUUCACGAGUGAUUUGUUGAUGUAAUUUCUCAGUUACAUCUUACUCCCUGUUAUUUGAUUUCCAUAUGUUCUCUAUGCUCGUUGUUUCCCCUCGAAAUUUAAAAAGAAAAGGAGUACUUCACUCUUAACCCUUUAUUUCUAAUUACAGAAAACGAAUUUUUAAAUUGUUGUAUGUAAUUAAUUUUUUCGAAUUGCAAUAUAUUGGAACGGCGUGUAUUA